AUGGGCAUUUUGAACCAGAUUAUGCUCUUUCUCGCUGCCAUGACAGCUAUUGUCAUCGGAGUCUCUGCUAUUCGUUAUAUAUUCUUGUCAGACAGCAAGGAUGAGUUCAACUACGAAGAUGAUGACGCCAUUUAUGCAUUCUAUGGAGCCUCAAGGAAACGGGGAGCGGGCAGGAUGAAGAGGGUUUCUUUUGAUAUUUGA